AUGGACGCCCACCACCACGAUCACGACCAUGAUCACGACCACGACCACGGCGGCUCCUGCUCCUCCAGCCACAUGAUGGUGUUCCACGCGGGGGUGUGUCAGGAGAUCCUGUUCAGCGGCUGGAAGACCACGACCGCCUUGGAGCUGUUCGGGUCAGCGGUGGCCAUCUUCCUGGCGGGCGUGUUAUAUGAAGGUCUGAAGUACUACCGCGAGGCGCUCCACGCGAGAGCCACCACCUCCACGGGAGACUCGCAGGUCAACAUCACCAAGAAUGAAUGUGGACCCUCCGGGAACUGUGCGGGGACAGCGGUCGUUAAGUACUCCAUGCUGUCGUGCGGCCACUUCGUCCAGACGCUGCUGCACAUCGUCCAGACGACCGCCUCCUACGUGUUGAUGCUGGUCUUCAUGACCUAUAACGUGUGGCUGUGCCUCGCGCUCGUGCUGGGCCUGGCGGUCGGCUACUUCUUCUUCGGCUGGAGGAAGAGUACCGUCGUGGACGUCACCGAACACUGUCAAUGA